AUGGGCGAACGGAGCCCGAAUGGGGAGGAGAAGCGGAGAUUGGCUCAAAUGACAUCCAAUCGGGCAAUGCGCGACUGCCCCCAGCUUCGUCAGGUGUUGCGGUGGUCCACUGUUCGACGCUCGGAGAAACCUCAGCUCGCUACAGUAGGUAGCUCAACCAAGGUCCCCACGUGCGAAAAAGCGUCAACACCCCGCCGAGCGGUCACCGGGCGGCCGCAUUGCCCUCCGCCAUUUGCCUUCCGUUGUCUUUAUGCCGGUCGCCGUGACUGGACGCCUGAACAACCGGAGGUCAUGCCGCCUUGUGGAAAAGCAAAGUCAGUACAUACGCAAGAGUUUGCUGCUUCAAAACCACCCCAGUAA